UCUCUCUCUCUCUGUCCCUCUCAUACAAUGAAACGAGGGGAAGUGAUCCUACAGAGGAACAGCAGCAACUGCAGAAGCAGCCAAAAGAUCCUCCCUGCAAACUAUGUGAGAUCAACACCACUCACACCAGACACCAACGGUGUAUCAGAGAGACCGCUCGUCCGUAAAUACGGCGCCGCCGUAUCGUUUACUUGGCCCAACAAAAGCAUAAACGUAUCAGUUCUUCUCCGAUCACUCCUCCGCCUCAUCUCACCGCCUUCCAUAAUCCCCACCGCCACGUGUCGUUGGUUGAGUAUCCCAUCCCGUUUCUCUCCGGCACCGUAUCUAGGCCGUAAAGUCACCGGCACUCUCUUCGGUCACAAAAAGGGCCACGUCAGCUUCGUGGUACAGGACCACCCCCGAUCGGAACCGGUGAUAAUGUUGGAACUGGCCAUGUCCACGUCGGCAUUAGUGAAGGAGAUGUCUUCGGGGCUCGUCAGGAUUGCCCUCGAGUGUGAUAAGGGCUCCACUUGUGGAUCCGGUGGCCGGUCGUCGGUGAAGCUGUUUCAGGAACCCGUGUGGACUAUGUACUGCAAUGGAAGGAAGUGUGGAUACGCUGUGUCUCGUACGUGUGGAGAUUCGGAUUGGUACGUGCUGAGCACAGUUCAGACGGUGUCGGUCGGUGCGGGUGUGAUUCCGGAAGAGAAGAGCAGGAUUGGUGACAUCGGAAGUGUUUGGGAAGGGGAGCUUAUGUACAUGAGGGCUAGGUUCGAACGAGUCGUGGGGAGCCGUGACUCGGAAGCUUUUUAUAUGAUGAACCCAGAUGGAACCGGCGGACCCGAUCUCAGUAUAUUAUUCCUUAGAAUCUGACACUGG